GAACCAACUUACAUCAUGGAAUAUAAAGUCAAACUUGUAGCUGCAGCGUUAAUGGUUGCUUCCAUAGAUGCGCAAUGGACCCCCAGUCCCCUCUGUCCUUUCCCUUCGGAGAAUCUUACUCGUUUUCCCUACGAAGGAGACUGCUCAAAAUAUUGGGAAUGCUACGAAGGAGCUAGAUACCCCAUGGACUGUCCGAGUGGUUUAGAAUUCAGUCCUGAUGAUUCAAGAUGUGACACUCCAGAAAAUGCCAAAUGUGAUCCAGAUGCUACAAUUAUUUAUCCAACGUUCUCACAUUCUACGGUUACUACGUCUACAUCUUCACCAACUCCAGAUCCCGGUCCAAAACCAGAGUGCCCUUUCCCAUCUGACGCAUUAGUAUUCUUCCCUGUAGCGAAUAACUGUUCUCAGUACUGGGAAUGUUUCCAGGGGAAUAGGUACCUUAUGACUUGCCCUUCCGGACUGUACUGGAAUACAUUGGUUGAUUAUUGCGAUUAUGCUGAAAAUGUCGACUGCAGUAGAAAUAACGCCACAACCACAGCUGGUCCAUCUACAACACCAGAAGAUAAUGCGACUACAGCUGACUUCACAGGAACUACAGGUUCUGAAGUCACUAUAACUGAAUUAAGUACAACCAUAGUAACAACAGAACCCGGUUCUACUACGACUCCAAAUCCUAUGUGUAUCGGUCUGGCAGAUGGAACUUACCUACCCGAUCCAGAUGAUUGCAGCAAAUACUACGAAUGCGUUAGCCAGAAAGUAAUAGUAGGGGACUGCCCUGGUGACUUGCUGUGGAACCAGGCGGCACACACUUGUGAUUAUGCCGAAAAUGUCGAUUGUGACACAGAUGCAAGAAGAUUUGAUUUAUAUACAGUCACAUUCUUUGUAGCUACAACGCUAUUAGUAGCUGGCACAGGAGCGGUGGAUCCAUGGACGCCUAGUCCUCUCUGUCCGUUUCCCUCCACAGAUCUGGUCCGUUUCCCAUAUGAGGGAGAUUGCACUAAAUAUUGGGAAUGCUAUAAUGGAGCGAGAUACCCUAUGGACUGUCCAACUUGGUUAGAGUUCAAUUCUGCUGAGUCAUGGUGUUAUACUCCAAGCCUUGCCAAUUGCGACCCAGAUGCUACUAUAAUUUAUCCAACGUUUUCACAUUCUACAGUAUCUACUCAAUCUACUGCACCAACACAAGACUGGGGCCCAAAACCAAAGUGCCCCUUCCCUUCUAACGAACUCAUAUUUUUUCCUGUAGCGACUAAUUGUGCCAAAUAUUGGGAAUGUUUCCAAGGAAUCAGAUACCUGAUGAGCUGUCCGCCUGGAUUACAUUGGAACACAGUAUACAAUUACUGUGACUAUCCUGGAAAUGCAAAUUGCAGCAUAAACAACGCCACAACCACAUCAAGCCCUGUCCCUACUACACCUUCAACUAACACCACGACUACACCUGGGGGCAAUACUCCGGAUCCUCAAUGUCCUUACCCAUCUGACGAAAUAACGUUCUACCCUCAUCCUACCGAGUGCAAUAAAUACUAUGAAUGUUAUCAAGGACACAGGUAUUUGAUGUCUUGCCCCAGUGGUUUGUACUGGAAUGAAAAGGAAAACGCCUGCGACUAUAGGGAGAAUGUUAAUUGUGAUAGAGUUUCCACACUAUCGCCUCCAACACCAGUACCUACUGCAUCUACGACUGCAAGAGGUAUAAAAGGAAACAUCAUGAUUGACAUCCGAUCAGUUGGUUUGCUACUCAAACUAUUGUUCAGUUGUAGUAUUCAAUUAUUUACCAUGGCUUGUACUGCUUUUAUAGCUGCAACAUUACUGGUAUCUUCUGCAUAUGCACAAUGGACUCCUAGUCCCCUUUGCCCUUUCCCCUCGGAGGAAUUGACGCGGUUUCAGUAUGAAGGAGACUGCUCAAAAUAUUGGGAAUGCUAUGAAGGCGCGAGAUACCCCAUGGACUGUCCAUCCGGUUUAGAGUACAAUGCUGCGGAAUCAAGGUGUGACAGUCCAGAUAUUGCCAAUUGCGAUCCAGAUGUCACAAUAAUUUACCCGACAUUUUCCCAUUCCACGCAAACCACACCAUCUCAAGGACCAACUUCAGAUCCAGGCCCAAGACCAGAAUGCCCCUUCCCAUCUGACGUAAUCACCUUUUACCCUGUGGUGAACAACUGUUCUCAGUACUGGGAAUGCUUUCAAGGUAACAGGUAUCUGAUGAAUUGUCCUAGCGGUCAGUAUUGGAGCGACACUGCUCAAACUUGCGACUAUUCCUACAAUGUUCCCUGCGAUGCCGAUAAUAAUUCAACGACAACAGCAAAACCUACUACGUCUCCUGGAACUGGUACCACGACGACAUCGACAGCUGGAACUGAUAUCACGAAGACAACUGGAAACACAGCUACUAUACCUACCACCACAAGUAAUCCAUAUGAUGUCUUAUGUAAGGAUAAAGCAGAUGGAACUUACAUUCCCGAUCCAGAUGACUGUCACAAAUUCUUCGAAUGCGUUAGCCAUAAAGUAAUAGAAGGAACAUGUCCUAACGAUCUAGUUUGGAACGAAGCAGCACUCACUUGCGACUUUCCCAGUAAUGUACAGUGUAAUACUCUAAAAUUUCAUUGCAUAAUUACAGUUGUUGUCGCUGCAUCCUUACUGGUAUCUUUCACAAGAGCGGUGGAUCCAUGGACGCCUAGUCCUCUUUGUCCUUUCCCCUCUACAGACUUGGUACGUUUUCCUUAUGAGGGAGAUUGUUCGAGAUACUGGGAAUGCUAUAAUGGAGCGAGAUAUCCCAUGAGUUGUCCAACUGGGUUAGAGUUCAAUGAUAUUCAGUCAAGAUGCGACAGUCCAGAUCUAGCCGGCUGCGACCCAGAUGCAAUAAUAAGUUACCCAACAUUUCCACAUUCCACAGUAUCGACAGCAUCUCCUACGCCAACUCAAGACUGGGGUCCAUUACCAGAGUGUCCCUUCCCAUCCAACGAACUCGUAUUUUUUCCUGUAGCGACUAACUGUGCCAAAUACUGGGAGUGCUUCCAAGGACAUAGGUAUCUGAUGAGCUGUCCAGAAGGGUUACACUGGAACACCAAUUAUAACUACUGCGAUUACCCCGGGAACGUAGAUUGCACUCGAGGUAGCACCACAACCACAAGUACCACAUCCACCACACCAGGAAGCAACAUCCCCGACCCAGACUGCCCUUACCCGUCUCAUGAAUUAACAUUCUUACCUCAUCCCUCAGACUGUUCUAAGUAUUAUGAAUGCUACGAGGGUAACAAGUUUGUAAUGUCUUGCCCUAAUGGUCUGCUCUGGAAUCACGUGAUUAAUACCUGCGAUUACAAGGAUAAUGUAGACUGCGAUAGAGUGAUUACCACAACACGUUCUCCAACUAGUUCAACUAGUACGACAACCAUUAAUCCUACAUGUGCUGAUCAGCCGGACGGAACUUAUCUGCCUCACCCGACUGACUGUAGCAAAUUCUACGAAUGUGUUGGUGGAAAAGCAAUAGAGGAACAAUGUGCUGGUGAUCUAUUCUGGAACCAAGCGAUUCAUUCUUGCGACUAUCCUACAAAUGUACCCUGUAACAACCGUAAAGCAGGGAGAUAGAAUUUUAAUAAUUUAUAAUAUAUUUAACCUGUAAUUAUUAAUAGUCUUUUAUAUUUGUUUAUAAAAUUUAAUAA